GGAAGCAAUAAUUUGAAUUUUGCCGCCAAAUCUCUAUCUUCAACACUUUCUCUCACCCCUCCCAAUUCUUCCGCUGUAAUUGAGAGAUGGCGAGUGGUUCAGGGUUUUCAAUGGACGACUACGAGUCGUUGAUGGCGACCUCAGAUGUGGAGCAUCUAAAAACAGCUUGGCGCAACGAAAAGGCUGCUCCCGAAAUUCUUCAAUUCCAGGCUUCUUUAGUUCAGAGAUCUCGCGAGCAAAUCCAACUUAUGGAGGAAACCAUUGAAGAAUUCACAAGAAAUGGCUUUGAUCCUUUAAUAGUAUCUGUAUAUCAAAUGGACAUGGAUCGAGCUCAAUAUGUGUUGAGAUCAUAUCUUCGGACCCGUCUUCAAAAGAUAGAGAAGGAUAUGAUUCAUAUCUCUAAAACAGACCUUUGGGACCGGUUAUCGAAAGAGGAACAAAACUUUGCCAAAAGGUGCUAUGAAAAUAUGAAGGGUUAUCUUGACGAAUCUGUACUAUCAAAAUUGCCUAGUGGUUACCAGUCUGAUCUGAAGCAAUCCAAUGCUAGCGAAGAAGAUGACAUGGUCCCAGAGCCAAAUUUGGAGACGUUUGUGUUCUGCAAGAGUGAGAGCUCAAUCGGAGCCAUUCCACUUGAUGACAGUGCGGAUGAGAUUGUGGACCUGGUUGCUGGUGAUUUAUAUGUUCUCCGUUACAAGUCAAUUAAGCCGUUCGUAGAGAAUGGGCAGAUUGAUCUUGUUUGAGGCUCCGUUUUUAACACUAUUUCGGAAUAUUUACAAUCACCUGUGCUCUCGGCUCUCCAUGACACUGGAGGACUUGCUGCAGUGAGAUGAGCGGAUAGGGAAAAUGAAGAUGUAGUCCGAGUGUCUUGUCCACUUUUAAAAUCUGAUGGCACACUGGGCAAAUGGCGUCUUGCUAGCUUGAAUAUUCCUAUAUUAUGCUCUAAAAUCAGCUAAGAAGGAAUACUUUGUAUUUGGGAAUUGGGAUAAACUAUACUGUAUACGGAAUAUCUUCAUGUUCAUGAAUGUGAUUAAAGCUAUGCUCAUCUAAUGGUAAUUAUCAAUUUGCUACGUGAAAUGCUAUGUAUCAUUACUAAAUUGAUGGCUAAAUAUCACACCAUAUUAUUUUAAAUAAA